CAAUUGAAAAAAAGAAUCUCAAUUUAAAGAUACUCCAUUCCUUUCAUUUCCAUUUGCCACUCUCAAACAAACAACACUACAGUUUAACAAUUCUACACUUUUUCAAACCGUAUUCAAUUCGUAUACCACCGUAUACUCCUCCAUCCAUGGCGGAAAACAACAACAGUAUCACCUCCCCACUCCUCACCUCCGAUCAUCUAAUCGUCACAAUCGACUCCGAUUCUGUCUCCUCAACUCCAAUUUCCAAUCCGUUCAUUGCUUUAGGUUGCAAAGACGGCGGAGAGUUGACUAUUCCGGCGGCGAUAACGGUGGACCCGUUCGAUAACUAUAAAGCAGGAAUUGGAGGCUUUUAUGAAUGGAUUAAGACGAUACUGUGUUUACCUAUAGCUUUGAUUCGGUUAGUGAUUUUUGGAUUGUGUUUAGCGAUUGGAUAUGUGGCUACUAAGUUGGCACUUUAUGGUUGGAAAGAUAAAGAAAAUCCUAUGCCUAAGUGGAGAUGUAGAAUUAUGUGGGUCACUAGAAUAUCUGCCAGAUUCAUUCUCUUCUCUUUUGGCUAUCAUUGGAUAAAACGGAAGGGAAGACCUGCCCCAAGGGAUGUUGCUCCAAUAAUCGUAUCUAAUCAUGUAUCUUAUAUUGAGCCUAUCUUCUAUUUUUAUGAAUUAUUUCCCACCAUUGUGGCAUCUGAGUCUCAUGACUCCAUACCUUUUGUUGGCACAAUCAUUAGAGCAAUGCAGGUAAUAUAUGUUAACAGGUUCUCACAAUCAUCAAGGAAGCAGGCUGUCAGAGAAAUAAAGAGAAGGGCUUCUUGCGAUAGAUUUCCUCGAGUACUUUUAUUUCCCGAGGGAACGACGACUAAUGGCCGGAACCUUAUUUCCUUCCAACUUGGCGCAUUUAUCCCUGGGUACCCAAUCCAGCCUAUAAUUGUACGCUAUCCUCAUGUCCACUUUGAUCAAUCUUGGGGUAACGUUUCUUUGGGACAGCUUAUGUUCAGGAUGUUCACUCAAUUCCAUAACUUCUUCGAGGUUGAAUAUCUUCCUGUCAUUCCACCUCUAGAUGAUAAGGAAACUGCUGUGCAUUUUCGUAAAAGGACUAGCCAUGCGAUUGCAACGGCAUUGAAUACUGUCCAAACUGGACAUUCUUAUGGAGAUAUAAUGCUUCAUAUGAAAGCUCAAGAAGCAAAACAGGAGAACCCCUCGAGGUAUAUGGUUGAAAUGGCCAAGUUCGAAUCAUUAUUUCAUGUAAGCAGCUUGGAAGCUGUCGACUUUUUGGAUAAAUUCUUAGCUAUGAAUCCCGAUUCCAGUGGCCAUGUUCAAUAUCGUGACUUUUUGAGCGUUUUAAGACUCAAGGCUUGUCCUCUUUCUGAAAAGAUAUUCUCAUUCAUUGAUGUGGAGAAGUGCGGGAAAAUUACAUUCAGACAGUUCUUGUAUGGAUCUGCACAUGUCAUGACACAGCCAGGGUUCCAUCAAGCUUGUGAAGCAGCCUUUGCUGAGUGUGGCGGUGCAGUAAAAGGCUACAUGGUGGAAGAAGAAUUACGAGAUUUUAUCCGAUCUGCUAUCCCCAGCUGGAAUGAAGACGAGGUCCAUGAUCUAUUUGUGUUAUUUGAUGUCGAUAAAGAUGGAAGAAUUUACAAGGAUGAAUUUCUUUCAUGCCUGAGACGAAAUCCUCUUGUCGUUGCUAUUUUCAUACCUCAACCGCAGCACAAAGAAUCAUGUGGUAAUGGAGUGCUAGAUAUACUGUGAUGGUUGGAUUUUACAUGUUAUUUAAACCUAUGGCUUUUUCGGAUGUUGUUCUUUUAGAAAGUUCAAAAGAAGGAAAAGGGUAGGAUGCCCUGGGAUUACAUGCACAUAGUAUAGGAUGCAGAGGCCUAAUUAUUAUUUUUUCUUCUCCUUUAUUACUUUUCCCUGAUUAAUCACUCAUAAAACAUUAUCAUUUGUUGAAGAUCUGUGUUUUCUGCCUUGUUUUGAAAGGGUCAGAUUUACACAGCUAGUUUUCCUUUAAAUUAUUUGAGUUUUUGGUUGAGGGACCAUUCUGGCAUUUAGGAUCAAUGUGGUCCAAGGUUUGAUCAACCUGUUUGUAACAAACAUUAUUUGUGUAUUUUAAAGAUGUGAUGAAAUCUAAUGAAGAAUGAUUUGCAGUUUUGGA